GGACUUUUUACUGCGCAGACCAUUUACUGGUUUACUUGUUGAAACUAUUGCUGGUGGAAACUGACCAUGGUUUGCUUCGUACCAUUGUGAAUGUUGAAGGCUUUCUUUGCCGUUUCGAUUUGGCUUCUGAUCUAAUAUCGGAUAGUUCUACAAUGAAAGCCGUCUUACAGCGCGUCAAGUCGGCCUCCGUCACCGUCGAUAACCAGUUGAUCUCAUCCAUCGGACAAGGAAUCCUAGUGUUUGCAGGGGUUGGAAGAGAGGACACUGAAAAAGAUGUUGACAUUAUGGCAUCGAGAGUGCUGAAGGCCAAGCUAUGGCCGGAUGAGACAAAUCCCAAGGCCGCUUGGAAACGAAAUGUCCAGGAUAUUGAGGGCGAAGUUCUUUGUGUAUCACAAUUCACGUUAUACGGACACAUAAAAAAGAACAAACCCGACUUCCACAACGCCGCUGACGUCGAAACGGCGCGUCGCCUCUACGAUCGAUUCGUCCAGAAGGUCAGUGACCUGUACAAAACCGAGCGAGUAAAGAACGGGGUCUUUCAAGCCAUGAUGGAAGUUGAACUUAAAAAUGAUGGACCGGUGGGUGUUGAAUACCGCAGUGAAGAUGCAGCGGUAGGACAAUCUCUGUUCUCCUUCCAAUGCGACUCUUCCCGUUUUCUCAAACGGAGCAUUUACUAAUCAUUGUUUAGGUAACUAUUGAGAUUACUACGGAUGUUCCUAAGUCCGAAAGCAGUAAGGACCAAGGGGAAACUGUGAAAACACAAACGGGUCCGGAUGGGCGGAAGUACGUGGAAUUCGAGCUGCCUGCUUCUCUUUUAGAGUGAAUAAUCGGUGUUUCAUGACUUAUGAUUUCAUGUGCCCAUAUAGAUAUCUAGGUGUCGGCGUCGGUCUGAAAGGAUACCAUGUUUUGGAAUGACUGCCUGAGGCUUCAUAGAUGCUGGCUAUAUUGUGUAUGUAUUAGUACCAUUAUUAUUGUUAAUACUGCUGUCGAGACUCUUUCUGUCUCCGGGUUAUCACGGAUUGUCAUGGCUACCUCCGACCUAUCUUAAUUGAAUGAGUAAGUAAUGAAAUCGCGUUCGAAAGAGAGGUGGAAAAUUCUUAAUGACACAAGCUAAUAAAGGUUGCCCUGAUACUGUCGCUCAAGACGAGCCUGCAAAAUCCUCUCAAACCGCAUCAAAUGCAUAAUCAAUUCUCGAUCUCCAACAUCCUGCUGCUCUUCAUAAAGACGAAGAGUAUACAAACUCUGUAGUGCGUCUGAUGUUGAAAUGAGUGGAAUCGAUACCUCAGGUCCGUCAUCCU